GCAUGACAAGAACUCAUGUUGUAAAUGCUCUUGUUGUACUUCUUAAAGAACGGAGAAACAUCUUAGACAUAUUCUAAGUAAUUUUAAGUUCAUAAUAAUUUCAUUAAAAUGGAAGAAGACAGGGUUGGUUGCUUGAAAGAAGCUUUCAAGGGCUUUCUUAAUUGUUUAGGGUUAGAGAGUGGCAAAGGAAAAGAGAUUGUGAACAAUCCUGCUGAAACGGAUCCGCUUGUUGAAGUUCCCUCACAUAUUGACAACCCAACAAUUACGGCAAGGAGCAUUGUUGACAACUAUAAUCUGGUUACUAUAGAUGAAAUUAUGAAGACGAGUGGAGGUGCAAGCGCUGAAGCACAUUAUGUUGACCUCGACGGCGGUACUAAUACGAGUCUCCUUGCAACUCGUCUGAUCACUAGUGGGGGUGGUGGCAAAACAAAUUGAACAAGCUAUCACAGUAAGGAUGAAAUAGUAGUGGUGUGAUCGCAAUUAAAAUUCAUGCAAAUGUAUAGUUGAUCAAACUAGCUACAUGUUGGUUACAUAGGUAGACUACAAUACAAAUGUCAUUUACACAUAUUUUUAAUUUUUCUAUACUUUUGAAAAGUUCAAAGUUGUUUAAGUACGGUCAUUUUUAUGUGUA